GUUGGUCACCGCGAAUCCCCACCGUCUCGCAGUUGGACACCCCGUACCGCAUCCCCCCGAUUCCUCUCCUCUCCUCGCCGAGGCCAAAACCCAACUCCCCGAUCUAGCCAACUACCCAGAUCUCGGAACCCUCGCCGUCGCCGCGGCCAUGGCGAAGGAGCCCCCCUUCUCCCUGCCCCCGGUGGUCUUCAACCCCUCCACACCGGCCCACCGCCGCCACCCUAUCCCCGGCCCCGGCGCCUCCCCGCCACCUGCCUUCGCGCCUCCCCGCCCCUCCACCUCCUCCGCCGCCAACCCCCUGCCCUUCAUGUCCUUCGACAUACCCGCUCAGUCCAACUCCACGCCGCCCAUCUUCACCGGGCCCAUCGGCGGCUCCAGCGCCUCCUUCGAAGACGAGCCGCCGCUCCUCGAGGAGCUCGGCAUCAACACGCGUCAGAUCUGGCGGAAGACGCUCUCGAUCCUCCACCCGCUCCGCUCCGCCGACCCGUCCCUCCACGCCGACGCCGAUCUCUCCGGCCCCUUCCUGUUCCUCCUAUCCUUCGGCCUCUUCCAGCUCCUGGCUGGGAAGUUCCACUUCGGGAUCGUCCUCGGGUGGGUCACCGUCGCCUCCCUCUUCCUCUACUUCGUCUUUUCCAUGCUCUCGGGCGGACGCCGUGGCGACCUUGACCUCUACAGGUGCGUCAGCCUGGUCGGAUACUGCAUGCUCCCCAUGGUCAUCUUCUCUGCCGUUUCCCUCUUCCUGCCACGGGGCGGUGGGCUCAUCUUCGGGAUGGGCAUGGGAUUCGUGCUGUGGUCUACCAGGGUCUGCACCAGGUUACUAGCAGAGCUUGCUUCCAGCGGCGAUGAGCAUAGGGGACUCAUUGCCUACGCGUGCUGGCUCGUCUACAUGCUCUUCUCUCUGCUCGUCAUCUUUUGAUGCUGUUCUUGAGAUGGAAGAUCACACUCAGUAUUCUUUUGCCCUAUGGAGCAUUGAACUGCUUUUGAUCAGCGACUGGAGUGGUUUAUUGAUGCUACAGAACUAUCGAUGAUCUAGUCAGUUUGGAAAAUAUUCUGUAACAGUCUACUGCUUUUCAUCCUUUAGUUUCUGUGGCAUGGUAGGGGGCUGGUAUAGAUCUUGGUAAAGAAACGUAAGGCAAGAUCAGGACAGUGAAAAUAUUAUAACUAAUUAGCUUUUGCCGAAGUUUGAUGGGAUUAGCUAGCAAUUUUCGAAAGAGUACACUUGUGGUCCGUUUGAACUUGUUCAUCGUGCUUGCUUACCACGCCCGUGGUGCCUAA